AAGGAGUCUUUAAUACCUGACCAAAAUCCCAAAGCACUUAAAACACUACCGGAAACAAGCGAUUAACUUGUUUUUAGCAAACAUUAAGUCAUCCCCAGAACGAGCCCUUACCCAGCGGAGCGGAUGGGCCCUCAGUAUAAAUGAGAGGAUUUCUGCCAAACUCCCCAUCUCGGCUCUACAGCUCCCUCCUGCCCUGCCAACACCCGGCCUGGGCGUGGGGCCGCUGCAGAAUGAGGGCUGCGGUGCUGGUGCUGGCCUCGCUGGCUCUCCUGGCCACGGCCUGCCAAGGAAGAGGCGAAGGAAACACCGUGAAGCUCUGCGGGAGGGACUUUGUCAGAGCCGUCGUCUUCACCUGCGGCGGCUCCCGGUGGAAAAGGCAUUUGACUGAUUAUCACUACCUGUUUGAGAGUGAAAAUCCCAUGCCCUUCUCAGAAGAAAAAGGUUAUGCUGACUCCUCAACAUACACAAACCAGAGGCUGGAGACUGACACUGAAGAAAUCCACAACAUCAAGCCCGAGACAGAGCGAGACCUGCACCGCACCAGGAAAACAUCUAUGCUAAAAAAGCGCGAAGUAGCCAAGUUGCUUACCACAUCCUGCUGCAGCAUCGGCUGCAGCGAGAGAGAGAUCAGUUCCCUAUGCUAAAAGGCAGCAGACGCUGAUGAGGUUCAA